AUGUCCCUGAGUCUCUCCUCGCUGCUCAAUCCCUCUCCCGACGCUGAGACUCGAUCAUCACCCUCGCUGGACGCGCGCAAGAACUCGCUCCCGCCCAUCCAGCACGUCGAGUCUCACGAGGAACAUCCAGCGCGAUCGCCAUCGUCAGUGAAUGCGAAUCAACAGCACUUCGCCUAUCCAUCCUCGACCAGAAAUGAAGCAGCCCAGGCGCUGGCUAGUCUUUCGACAAGCCCGGCACCGCCACCGUCGCAAUGGAACGGACACAGCGCUCAAGAUGCGAGUCAAUUGGAGAGGACACAGUCAUGCGAGCGGCGCCAGAGUCAGCAACUUCCUCUGCCGCAGGUAGGAAGUUCGCGCAAGAUGAACUCGCCCACCCUCGAUCAGUACCAUGUCGCAUCGCGCUCGCCAGAGCAGCGCCGUCAAUCAGUCGUCUCUCCGCUGCAAUCAGAUGUCACAUUGCCGCCGAUUCAAGGGCUCGCGCCUAGUCCCUCGGACCAGCUUGACAGGGUGAACCAGCCUGACUCUUCUGCGCAAUCGGUAUCACAAGCUCAGUCUCAUGCUCGUGAGGCACAGAACUCUUCACAUGUCUCGAAGACGCACACCUCAAGUAUCUCCACUUUGCGAGAAGAGGGUGGACCUGCACCAGAAACCAUCAAGCAAGAAGCAACUGCAACACCACAACCCGCGUUCCCUACAGAAGCCCGCAGACCGCCAGACAUGGACAAUCACACAUUCAAGGCCGUAGCAUCACUCAAGAACGAGCACGGCCUGCGAAUCCAAUCGCCCUUGCGAGAGUUGUCUGUCCCUGUUCCAACGACUGAGGUUGCGGCUCCAGAGCCACAGACUGCCAAUGCGAAGAAGAGGCCCGCUCCUUCAAAGACAAAAAAGGGGACGGCAUCUACCGUCAAGAAGGAGAAGGCACCUCCAGCAAAGAAGCGGAAGGUGGAGCCAAAGAGAUCCGCGACGCCUUCCUCUCGAGCAUCGAAAAUGUCCACUAUCAAGGGCGCGAGCGCCAAGGGAACCCCCAUCGAUUCGUCGCCAGCACCAUCUACUCGAUCAUACUCCGCCGAGCCGAACGAAGAACCGUAUGAUGACGAAGACGAGGAUAUGGACGAAGACGGUGACGGAGACGAGUACUGCAUCUGCCGCAAGCCUGACACCGGUACGUUCAUGAUCGGCUGCGACGGAACCUGCGACGAUUGGUUCCACGGUAAAUGUGUUGGGAUAGAAGAGCGCGAUAAGAACCUCAUCGACAAGUACCUAUGUCCAAAUUGCACCAAGGCAGGUGUCGGUCAAACGACGUGGAAGAGAAUGUGCAGAAGGGCUGGUUGCCGGCAGCCUGCGAAAGCUGGAAAGAUUAAGAGUGGCAUUCAUGCUAGCAAAUACUGCUCCGAGGAGUGCGGCGUCCAAUACUUCAGAGAAAUGGUCUCGAAAACCCGGGGGCGCGAAGAGCAUGCGAAGAGCAGGGGCUCGCGCAGAAAGGGUAGCAUCGCAGAGUCGGAAAGGACGCCGGCAGAUGACGACCUUGGGGCGAAAGGCGGUGUUCUCUCCGCCGGCGAGGUCAAGGCGUUGCUGAGUGCUUCGAAUACUGCCGAGGAUUUUCGCAAGCUUGGAGACGGCGUGCUCAGUCCUCCGGCGACUCCAGACGGCAAGGAGCGCAAAGUGGAAUUCACAGAGUACGAAUCGCAAGCGUUGGACCGCAUUCAGCAAGCGAAAGAGGACGCUCGUCGACGUCACGCGUUGCUCAAAGAUCGCAUGAAGUUCGUCACACUCGCCAAGCAAGCCGCGAGCCGAACAGCUACGGAAAAGGAGUUGAAACCUAAGGAGUAUUGUGGCUACGAUCCGCGCUUGGAGUGGACGGAGAUACAAUUCGAGGCUUGGCGCAACAGCACGGCUGGACGACAAGCCUUCGAGCAGGAGACAUUGAAGACGGAAAAGAGCGACGAGAAGAAGGAAAUAGCGAAGGGAGCAGAGCAGCCUGAGAUCUGCGAUCGCAAGAAGUGUGCGCGGCAUCUCGAAUGGUCUAAGCUGGCAGUCGACGAUGUGCGACAUGAGAUGGGCGACAACAGCGAUCGUAUGCGCGCUUUGGACAAGGAGGAGAAGGAUAUUCGAGAGCGUGCUGCGCUGCGCACCAAGGCGGGUAAGAGCAGUGACGAAGGGUCUGUUGAAGUCCAUGGUUUGGGCAUCACUACUGCCGAGAACGACAAGAUGGUCAUCGAUCUGCCGCUACCCCGUCAGACUGCAGAGGACGCUGCCGAAUCCAAGGAACCCAGCACGGCCAUCUUGGACGCCAAAUAA